AUGAAGAGCAGUACUACUAUGGAUACUGGUGAUCACGGUCAAGAUCUGGUACAUGCAGAAGAAGUAGAUAGUGGAAGAGAAAACCCUAACACUGGGUUUGUUGUUAUGGAUAUUCCGGAAGAAGAUAUGUGGCUCGAGAACGAUAUUCAAGAGCACGAUCGUGAUCAUCAAGAUCUGCUUGAUGUGAAUGAAGCUUCGAUAUUCUACAGUGAGUUUCCUGCUCUUCCUGAUUUUCCAUGCAUGUCGUCGUCUUCAUCGUCGUCUUCGACUCCGGCUACGGUCAAAGCCAUCACUUGCUCGUCUUCGUCUUCCUCGGUCUCGUCGUCCACGUCGGCGGCUUCUUGGGCGGUUCUGAAAUCAGAUGCGGAAGAAGACGUGGAGAAAAUCCAUGGUGGUCAUCAGAACAACCUUCGCCAUCACUAUAAUAAGCACGAUCCGGGUACUACGCCGGCGGCUCUGUCGUCCACGGCUUCCAUGGAUUUCUCGGAGCAGCCGGGCGGCGAUGACAACCCGGGACUCGAUUGUAUUGAUAUGAUGGAGACUUUUGGGUACAUGGAUCUGCUGGAGAGCAACGAGUUCUUUGACCCGUCGUCUAUUUUCCAAAACGACAGCGUUGUGGAGAAUAGUUUUCAAGAAGAGCUUUUGGUAGUCCCACGAGCUGAUCAUGAAGAAGAAGAAGAAAAAGAGCACGGUGAGAAUUUGAUGAUGAUAAAGAAUGGAAAAAAUGAUGAGAUGAUGAUGAUGAUGAUGAUUGAGAACGAUCAAGAGAUUGAGGAGUUGGAGAAUGAUGAUAAGGAAGCGCCAGACGAAAUGGCGAUGGUGUUCUUGGAUUGGCUGAGGACAAACAAAGAGACUGUUUCGGCUGAUGACUUGAGGAGUGUCAAGAUCAAAAAGUCCACCAUCGAGGCCGCGGCGAAGCGUUUGGGUGGUGGGAAAGAAGCCAUGAAACAGUUGUUGAAACUCGUUCUCGAAUGGGUGAAGACCAACCAUCUCCAGAAACGACGAAUGAAAGAAACGUCGCCGUUUCAUAGCACUGGAGUCCCCACUGGUAACAAUGACCAGUAUCAAAUAGACCCAAACCCUAACCCUAGUAAUCUCAACUCCAACGCCUUCACUACUCAUGAACCCAACAACCCUAAUUGCUUCGCUCACUCGCCAUGGAACUAUGACCCGGCCCCAACCGUUGUCGUUCCUUCUCAGGCAUACCCAUCUCCCGUGGUUGGAUUUAUGGGUUCGGAUCCGUUUGUUAACGGGUCGGGUUCAUACCAACCCAUUGAAUACACUAACAACAACAAUAUGCUUGACUCUUCCCCAACGUGGCCUCCGUCCCAGUUCUCUUUGGCGUCACCUUACCCCUCGUUUCCGGACAACAACGGUCUCCAAACGACGCCGUCUCAACAUGCACAGGCUUUUUCUGGGUACGGCAGUCAAUAUCCGUAUCAGUAUUAUUCUCAGGAGGGUGAUCAGCGACUGGUGAGGUCAGGUUCCUCGGCGACUAAAGAAGCUCGAAAGAAGAGAAUGGCUAGGCAGAGACGUCUCUUAUCUCACCACAGGCAUCACCACCACCACCACCAUAACAACAAUCACCAUCAUCAGAAUCAAAAUCAAAUAAUGGAUCAUCAACAUGCAAGACUGAAUCGGACCACUGAUAUGAAUUGUACCAACAUAGCCCCGCCUCAACCGAACCCGGCUAACUGGGUUUACUGGCCUCAGGCUGCGGUCACCGCAGCCGGUGCCGCUUCUCCGCCGCCGUUGCCUUCUGGGAUUACGGCAGAAACACCACCUUUACACCCUGUAGAUCGUCACCAAACUCAGUCGCAGAAUAACUUUCAGGGGCGAAGUCCAACCGAAAGGCGUCUGGGUUGGAAACCGGAGAAGAACUUGCGGUUUCUUCUGCAAAAAGUAUUGAAGCAAAGCGACGUGGGUAGUCUUGGGAGAAUAGUUUUGCCUAAAAAAGAAGCAGAAACACAUCUCCCUGAGCUUGAGGCAAGAGAUGGCAUUUCCAUUCCCAUGGAAGAUAUUGGAACUUCUCGUAUUUGGAACAUGCGUUAUAGGUACUGGCCGAACAACAAAAGCAGGAUGUAUCUCCUUGAAAACACAGGGGAUUUUGUGAGAGCCAAUGGACUCCAAGAGGGGGAUUUCAUUGUCAUCUACUCGGACAUCAAGUGUGGCAAAUAUAUGAUACGAGGAGUGAAGGUACGGCAACAAGGGCCAAACCCAAACCCAAAAUCAGAGAACAAACGGCCAGGAAAGUCGCAGAGAAACCAACAUACAAGCAGUCCAGCUGGGACCAACAACAUUAAUAGUAAUAAAAAUCAUAAUAAUCUCUCCUCAAUCACAGAAAGAAAACAGUAA